AGCUUGAACUCAGCUUUGCUUUCUGCUUCCUACUCUACGUCACUUACUUCACUAGUGGCAUUCGGUUUAGCUGGAAAUCUAGAAUAUUAUAAGGAAACACGAGAUUUGCCACUUGUCUGAGGACUGUACGUAUUUUUUUUUUCUCCGUUUCCACAUGCUGAAGUUGUUUUUCUUCAUCUUCUUGAUAAACUGCGUGAAAGCAGAUGAGACAGAAAAAUGUCCUGAAUUUACAGACCUUAAUAUUGGCAAUGCUUUGUCUGGAACAGAACUCCAAGUCCAGCUACUGCUGUACACAAGAAAAAAUCCAAAUUGUUCUGAGAGACUCAUUGAACACAAUGCUACUGCAUCCAAGUACCUUAAUAUGUCCAAGAAAAUUGUCUUUGUUAUUCAUGGCUUCAGACCAACAGGAUCUCCACCAGGAUGGCUAGGUGACAUCAAGGAGCUUUUACUGUUUUCAGAUGAUAUUAAUCUUAUCAUAGUUGAUUGGAAUCGUGGUGCUACGACUGUGAAUUAUAUAACUGCUGUUGAAAACUGCAGAAAAGUUGCAGAAAUACUGAAGAACUAUGUUGAUCAGAUGCUGGUAAAUGGAGCUUCUCUCAACACUAUUCAUAUGAUCGGUGUCAGUCUCGGGGCUCAUAUAGCUGGGUUUGUUGGGCAGCAAUAUAAUGGCAAAAUUGGCAGAAUUACAGGUCUUGACCCAGCAGGCCCUACGUUCACUGGAGUACCACCAGACAGGAGACUGGAUCGCACUGAUGCACAAUUUGUUGAUGUAAUCCAUUCGGAUACUGAUGCACUAGGUUUCAAGAAACCUUUAGGAACCAUUGAUUUCUAUCCAAAUGGAGGAAUGGAUCAGCCUGGUUGUCCACAAACACUAUUCAGUGGACUUCAGUAUUUUAAAUGUGACCAUCAAAGAUCUGUCUUCCUCUUCUUAUCAUCUUUGAAAGGAAGGUGCAACAUAAUAACAUAUCCUUGUGACUCUUACUUGGAUUAUAAGAGAGGAAAAUGUGCUGAUUGUGAAGCUUUCCAGCCUAUGUCCUGUCCAGUACUGGGUUAUUUUGCUGAUGGAUGGAAAAAUCUGUUAAUCCCAAAGAGUUCACCAACGAAAGCUUAUUUUGAUACCUCAGACCAAGACCCAUUCUGCAUGUAUAACUAUUUGCUGGAUAUUACUACCUGGAAUAAAAGCAUUAGGAGAGGUUUCAUUAAGGUUAAAAUAACAGAUUAUGCUGGAAACACAGUAGAAUCAGAGAUGAAUAGAGAAGCUUCAACAUUUCAGCAAUAUAAAAGAGUCAAAAUACUAACUGGAUUUUAUCAAGAUGUUGACAAAAUAGCGAAGAUUUCCUUGACCUUUUCUACGAAGACCCUAAUAGGCCCAAAGCAUAAGCUUAGGAUUCUCCAGAUGAGGCUGAAAUCUCUCAAUAAUCCAGAAAGGCUGCCACUGUGCAGAUAUGAUUUUAUACUGAUGGAGAACACUGAACUGACCUUCAAACCUAUCCCUUGCCCAGAGAAGGCUAUAUGAAGAUUGAGCUACUAACUUAAUUUCUCUUAGAGCCAUUUCUCUAAUGUCUCUUAGAAAGCUAAUGUCUCUUAGAGACAUUUUGAUUCUUCCUCAGGAUAAAAACUGCAAUGAGAAGGGAAAUGAAAAAAGCUGGAUUUAUUUGCAAGAGUCUACCUGGUAAUAUGCAUUACUUGUUUUGAAUGACAUAGGUGGAAAGAACUGAAAAAUUCGUAUAUAUAUUUAUAUAUAUGUAUUUGGGAAAUGUGAAUAAAGUAAAUGUAUCAUGGUGGA